UUCCCCUUCUCCCCCUCCUCCUUUUUUCCUCCCCCUCCCCUCCUUUUGCCAGUGAUGCUCGGGCGCAGGCGGGUCCCGGUUGGAUGCCGCCGCUGGAGCCGGAGAGAGGGCUCCCGCUGCGCUGCGUCCCCCCCGGGAUGAGCAUCUCUGGGAAUUGGCAGCAGGAGCGGAGCGCGGCGCUGGCGCGGUGCAGCCAACAUCUGGACACUUAUAUAACAGGAAAUGUUUCCAAAGGGGGAAAAAAAAUCUCAAGGAGGGGGGGAUUUCUUCUUCUUCUUUUUUUUUUUUUUUUUUUUUUUUUUUUUUUUUUUUUUUUUUUUUUUUUUUUUUUUUUUUUCUUUUUGGUACUUUAAAAUACUUUUCUCCCCAGUCCUGCUUUUCCUCCUUCUGGGUCUCCCGAUGCCGAGAGCCGCUGCCGUGUCGGGAGCGCUGGAAGGAUGGGGAGGCUGCCAAGUGCAGCAGGGGGGCUGGAGCGAGCAGCCCCCACCCCAGAAGCCGUUCUGGGGGGUCCCCGGGGGCAGCACCCACCUGGGACCACUCACCCACCCAGCCCCUGGCACACGUGGGUGCCGAGCCUCUCCCGCCCAGCUGUGAAAUGGGCAGCAGCAGCGGCCGGGGGGACACAGCGAGGGGCUGGCGUGGUGCCCUUCAUGGCCCUGCUCCUGCUGCAGCGGCGGCCCGUGGCCGGCCGGGCGCUGCUGGUGACCGGCUCCGGCUGCCCCAGCCACGGCUUGUGCCGCUCCAACGUGCAGGAGCAGACCCGCAGGCAGGUGGCCGUGCUCAACGCCACCGCCCAGGAACUCUUCAGCCUCUACCUGAAGUGCCAGGGAGAACCGUUCAGCAGCGAGAGUGACAAGCUCUGCAACCCCGCCGGCAUCGUCUUCCCCGCUUUCCGCGUCAACCGGACGAGCGAGAGGAAGGAGGUGAUGGUGGCCAUGUACAAGCUCUUCGCCUUCCUCAACGCCUCGCUGGGCAACAUCACACGUGACCAGGAGGAGCUCAACCCCAUGGCCAAAGAGCUCCUCGAGCGGCUCCACAACACCACCAAGACUACCCGAGGACUCAUCUCCAACCUCACCUGCCUCCUCUGCAAGAACUACAACAUCUUCCAAGUGGACGUUAGGUACGGGGACAGCUCCAAGAACAAGAGUGCCUUCAAGAAGAAGCAGCAGGGCUGCCAGGUGCUCAGGAAGUACGUGCAGGUCAUUGGCCAGGCGGCACGUGUCCUCCUACCUCAUCUCAGCCCCUCAUGAGAGCCCGCCCUGGCUACACUGCCUCUCUGCUGCUGGCCAGCCCCCACCACUGCCUCCCGGAUUCCCGCCUUCCUAUUUAUUACCUGGACCCUGCGCUGGGCCCGUCUGCCCUCCGGUAAUUUAUGGCCCCUUCAAGGGGUGAACGCUGCAGCCUGGAAUGGCAGAAUAGAGCCAGCAUCCAGCAGGAUGAGGCAGAACAUCCCCGAGGAGAUGCUGAGGCGUGGGCUGGUCCCAGGAUGUGCCUCAGCCAUCCCCACGCUCCCAUGGGGUGCGGGGAGCUGUGGGGGCUGGUGGCAGGGCCGGACUCUGUCCCCCAAGGAUGGUGUCAUCACAGAGAGCAAGCGGAUAGACACCCUUGAGCACCAUCUGAAAGCUGCCACUUCCCUGGAAGAAGGAUUGCCAGGAAGGACGCUGGGAUGCAGCGGCUGACAGGGGCGUAGAGAUAUGGGGACAUGCUCCCCCUGCACAUUCCCUGCACAUUUUAAGGCUGGCUCCCCUGCAAGGAGCCAGACCGAGGGUACUGGUGGCUGUGCUGGCUGGGGCUGGGUCCCAUUGUCUGGGACAAGGCCACCUGUGUGGGACAGUCACUCCACCGUGGAGCAUCAUCCCCCCGUGCAGGCACGGCGGGACACAGAAUGUCUUCCUCCUUUGUAAGAACACUUUUUGCAUUGGAAGAGCUCUGAAUGUACUAACAGCCAAGAGCUGGGCUUUGCACAGCUGAGUGCAGCCCUGGCACGGGGACAUGGCACUAGGGGACAUGGGGACAUGGGACACUGGGAUGUAUGGAUGUGGGAGAUGGGGACGUGGGGACACGGGACACAGGGAUGGGUCCCAGGCCAGUGGCAGGUGGCGCUGGCUCACUCCUGACACCAGAGAGGGCUGUAAGGGUUAUUUAUUGCCUCCGUGGAAAGCCGAGAGUGCACUGAGAGCUGACUUUAAACAAUCCUAUUGUUAAUAAUAUUAAUUAUUAAUAUUUCAGAUAAUAUAUUCGUAAAAUUCUAUUUAAAUAUUUAUUUUUUUAUACUUCUUCUCCUACUUUUUUAAAAUAAACCGAUAGAAGCAGACUGUAUUUGGCUGCUCUUCGUUGGUCUCUUUUGUGCUCACCUUCAGACACUUCUGCUCCCCCAGAGCACCCUCGGUCGGGGCUGCCCCAAAACUGCUCAAGGCAUUGCUGUGGCUCACAGUCUCCUGUCACCUUGUUCCUUCCUCCCUCCCCACUUGCCAUGGGAUGAUCAGUUGGAAAUAUAUUUUUCCAAAAAUUUUUGACAUUUUUCUGGGUGGGAAUGUUUAAACUGACACUCAUCAUCUGCCCAAAAGUGCUGGGAUGAUGUGGGGACCAUCGUGGUGCAGGGUUCAUCCUGGCAUGGGGAGCACCGUGGUGUGGGUACUGUGGCAUGGGCACCAUCACGGUGAGGGGACCAUCCCCGUGUGUGGAGCACCGUAGUGUGGGGAGCCCCACUCUGGCAACCCUGGAAAUUCCUGGGGAAACAGAAAGGCUGGGAAGAGGCUGAGGGAGCUGAGUGAGCAUGUGCGAGGUGGAGGGGACACACCAGAUCAAAUCGCAGCCACUUCCCAGGCUGUGCUGGGAGAGGCUCAGCAGAGCUUUGCCGGGGCCAAGACCACCUAAGGCUGCAUCAGUGCCCUGGUGCUCAGCGAGCGCCUCGCAUGGGGCUGUAUCGGUUAACAAGAGGCUGAUUAUACAGGAGACGUUGGAGCAGGAUGAUGAAAUUUUCCUCCUCCUCCGGAGCCCUUGGGCCACUGGCCAAACCUCCCAGGCAUGAGACAGCAAGCGGAUGAGCUAAGAUCCUGUGUGAUCAUCUCUUGUGUCUCAGAGGAGCCCCAACCUAAAGAUCAUCACAGAAAUUCAGAAGUUGUCCCCUAAGCCCCUCUUCCUCUGCCCCACAGGGUCGUGCUGCCCAGUUGUGUCCCCCAACUCCUAUGGGAGGUUUUAUGGCAUGGGUUUGACCCCAGACUGGCAUUACCUUGUGUUAGUGGCAGCCUUGUGCUGCAUCAGGGGUGACAGCAGGGCCAGCAGUGCCCAUUUCCAGCCUGUUCCUGCUGUCCCUUCGUGGAAGGUAUGAAUGUCAAACUUCUCCAGGACCACAGCCAAGGCACCCAGGAACACCCCUGCAUGCCAUGGUGUGUCUCCAUGCAUCAUAUGGCUUUCUUCCAUCAUCCAGCCUGCCACCAGGGAAGGGACCCGGGCUGUCCCUGCCCUGGAGGAUGCCCAUUUUGGGGUUGCAGCCCAUUUGUGGAGCCUGUCUCCCACCUGCACUGUGGGAUACAAUGCACUCAAAGCAAUACAACCCCCCAAAAAACACAGGCAGGGCACCAUCACUUUAGGAUGGGCAUUAUGCCCCAGGGCCAGGUCCUGCAGCACUUUCACCAUGGCACCCUGAUGGCUGCCAGGGUCACCCUGAUCCUGCAGCUGGGGACACAGAGGUGUCCCCACGGCUAUUGUUACCAUGGCACUAUAUGGCCAACAUUUCCUAUGCUGGGAAGACCAGGGCUGGACAUCCAAACUUAGCCCUUCCUUGUGUCCGCUCCCACAGCUCAUCCCCACCAGGGAUGUGACAGGUGCCAUGGGGUGCCACCAGCCCGACCCGGGCAGCUCGAGGGGUGUCAGGGCCCGCGGCAGGGUCGGGCUCGGCAGGGCCGGGAGCGGAGCUGGGGACGAUGUCCUGCGCGGGAGCGAGGAGCUGUGCACAUCUGGAUUUCUCACGCUUGCGUUCAAUAUCCCUCCUCAACCAGAUGGCAAAAAUAAAUAAAUAGAAUAAAUCACAGCCUCCUGACAUAAAUCGGGAACUCACGCCCCGGGUCUGCGUUUCAUGAGUCUCCCUGGAAGACAGUCAAACACAGGCGAGGACAAUGGGUUCACUUCUCCCCUGUGUCGGGUCAUUCCCAGUUAAGGCUCAUUAGCAGCAGGCGCGGGAUUAACUCUUCCUUCCCUGGAAUGCAUGGACAAGCCCGUACAGUUCCCCAAAUCCCUUCCUCUACCCUCCCCUGAGGUUUUGGAGUCGGGGCUGGCGGCGGCCCCCGGCUCGUGCCAUCGCCCCAGCGAGGCAGGGCGCGCUGCUCUGCUCAUCGCACACUCGGGAGAGAUGGAAAGGACUUUCAAUUACCUCAGCCAGCGGCUGAUCCCACCCAGCCGGCGCCCCGGGGAAGUGGGCCAGCCCCGCGAGCCGGACCGGGAGCACCGCGAUGGAACCGGCGCUGCGGCUUCCCCAGCGGCACCGGCAGGACCCUGUCAGUGACUACCCUUCGGCCCCAGGACCAGAGAAACUAUGUUGGCUGGGACGAGAGCCAGGAGAAGCUCCGGGGAUCCAUCCGUUGUGAUGGGAGCGAUGCCCGCGCCCCGAUAACGGAGCGGCCUGACCAUGGGCCCCGAGCGGCGGGUCAGCGCUGCCUUCGGGGAGCGGGAUACGUGAGGAGCCGCUCCUGCCCGCGGUGAAGUCAGUGCCGCUGCCUGGGUGUGACUGACUGACCUCAGCCCUUGGCCCCGCGGCGCGGAUCAUGUGCUGCCUGACGCCGCGCGAACCCUGCCGGACGGGCCCUGCGCUGCCCCGGGGCCACCGGCCAGACGGGACUUGCCGUCCGCGGGGGCAGGUGCGGGGCUGCGGCACCGCCGGCUGCGAGCCCCCUCCGCGGGGUGACCCGCGCUGCAUCCCCGCGACUGAGCCGGCGGGACCAUCGCAAGCGGGGCCGAGCUCACCGGCAGAGCCGGGGUUGGCUGUCGGGUGGUUCCCUGAGAGACCCCAGGAGGAGCAUCCCGCCUUCCCCUGUGUGCACCCAGGCUGGGGUCGGACCCACUGGUGCCCACGGCAGAGCCCCCUUCCCCAUCCAGGGGUCCCCCCAAGGCUCGGCAUUGGCCAGAUGCGUUUUGCUGGUGACGAUCUGCCCAGCAGGUCCCCCGGCCGGGUCCCCGAGGACGGGAACAUCGCAUCCCGAGGGCCGGCUGGAGGCUCCAUCCCGGGCUGGCCCCCGGCCCGAGCACGGAAAGCAGAGCCGAGCCCAUCUGAAACGCAUUCGGGCACUGUUGCUGCAAUAGCAGAUGCUCCUGCGGGUCGCCGGCCACAUCACAGCCCGGCGGAGCGGGAACCGCACGUUCACAUGGGAAGAAACAGUCCUUGUCCCAAACGGCUCAAACUCCUAAUUGGGGAUCAACCGUGACAAAUAAACAAGACAAUGGGCUGGAGGCGGGACGAACGCAGCCUCUGUCACAGGACCCGGCUCCGAGAGCCGCCCCCGUGCCCAGCAGGGGACCUGGCACAGGCCCGCAAGAGCCAGGGGAGGGCAGGGGCCAGGAUCCGGACCCCCCGGCAGAGCCACUCUCUGUGUGACACCGCUGGAGCUCGCGGCUGGCUCGGGAGCAGGAUGACAUAUCCCCAGUGGUCCCCCGAGACCCUUGUCGGCAGCUUUGCUCAGCAAGUGUUUAGUCUCAUGGUGAGUGAGCCUUGGAGCGGGGUCAGCUCCAGUCCUGUGGAGCUGCUGGAGAGGCCUGUCCUUGCUGCACCCCAACCUGGGGCUGGCUGGGGAAGCCCCGCACGGGGUUUAGGGACACCUCUCCCUCGAUGCUUUGGGCUGCCUCGGAGCGACGGGCGGGGCCAGCCCCGCGGAUCUGACAGCGGGGCUAUCUCGGCACAGCUAUCGCCCUCCAACAGACACUGGGGCACUUCCGCAGCCCCGGCUGCGCUCUGCACUGAUGGAGGAGCCCCGAUAAAGUGCUCAGUGCCCUGGUCAGACCCUCAGCACGCAAAGCACCCAGUCACCAGUGUCCAAAAGAGAGUGAGCAUCCCAGCUCUGCUCACAUCUCAUGGGAUGUGGAAUCUGCUUUGAAGACUGAGUCCAAAGCCCAAAAUUCAGCAGGACCAGUAAAGUUGAAGCUGUUUGAGACACAUCUGCUUUACAAGGCAUUUCAGAUGGCCUAAACCUACAUAAUUCCUGGCCCUGGGGGGAAAAUCAGGGCUCAGGGGAAAGAUCUCACCUCAGGAAAGGGAGCGAGCACUUUGGGAUGAGGAGGGGCUGGCAAUGGUGAAGAGAUGACAAGAAAAGUGUUUGAAAGCAAAUCCUAAGCAGGCUCCCAGAUGAGCAGGCAACCUGCCAGGACGGCAGGGAUGGUGGGGAAGGACCAGCCCCGGGACUAAGCAGGAGCUGUGGCAGGUCCCCAGGGUCCAUGGAGCCAGGGCCACAGAGAGGGCACACGCCACUGUGCCCCUCCUGCUGCUCCAGUUGGUGGCCUCUGGCACUUUGGGGCACAGGGAGUUGUGCCACCUUUGGCUGCACAUGAGUGCAGCUCUGGGGGAAGAUGAGCUCCUGCUGUCCCUUUUCCCACUAAGACUAAUUCAGAGAGUCAGCAAAAAGAAUGGAAGUUCCUGGAGAAACAGAAAAGGAAAGCUGAGGUUACUGUAGAUACUAAGGGGACAGCAACCCUGACUGAGACUGAUGGGUCUGUCCCUGCUCUUUGCUGUCCCCACACACUCCAACCCCAAGGAACAGCAGCACUUCCAGCCCAGUGGCACCACAGGGAAGAGAGUUGAAACUGGGGAUGUCCCACCCUUUAUUUCCCUGCUCAGGGCUUUACCUAACACCAGCAGGACCCCUCUGCUGAGGACCCCCAGCCCAUGUCUGCAGCAAGGCAGGGAUUGAGCCUCGAUGGGCACCUUGGGUGUCCCACCUAACUCGGCCGUACCUCCCUCACCUGGCUGAGCUCACCACGAGGAUGCCAAGCUUCCCCCUGGCUUUCACUGCAUCUGGGACACGUUUUAGGGCCAGAACAGUUGACAUGUUAAUUUAUUACAGCAGAAUGAAGCUCUACCCAGCCUGGGUCAUGCUCCCCUCUUGUUUCCUAAGAAGACAAGGUGUGUGUGCAAUCCUACCUGGCGAGCGUGUGCGCACCUGUGGCUGCCAACCAAAUUUGACUAAGGGCCCGAGGCUCCAGAGAUAGGAAGUUCCUACACGUCUUGUGAAGCCAGGAGUGGGAGAGGAACAAGCUCCAAACGAGGCCCCACGGCAGCAGCAUGAACUCAGCCCUUAAAAGCCACCAGAGAUUCUCCUUCUCUGCAGCUGGGCACUGAGGCACAAACCUGCUCCUAGAGAGAUUUCUCCUUGCUUUUUUCCCAGCCUGGCAUUUUCCACAUGGGCUCUGCUGUUGGGGCAGGAAGGACAGUAAUAGGUGGGCGAAGUCUGUCUCUUCCUGGCAGCCCUGGUGAGAUGCCUGCCAGACUCCAGGAUGGGAUUUUCCAUGCGGAAGCUGUGGUCACCCCACCUUGGUGUUGCCAAAUUGUGCUGGCGAACACCCCACCUUGGUGCUGCUGGGUAUCAGCCCACAGCAUUGGCUCUCUGAGGUGCUCAUCACCCUGGGCUUACAGGUCACCCUGACACCUUUGGUCCUAUCAUCUCAGCACCACUGGUCACCAUUAUCCUGUCACCACUGGCCCCUAUCACCCUGACCCACUGGUCCAAAUCAUCCCAGCAACACCCAGGGUCAGUCCCCACCACCCCAGUACCACUGGUUCCCAUCACCCCUGCACCACCACUCUCCAGGGCACUCUCCAGGAGCUGCAGUCCUUCAGGAUUUACCAAUCCCUAGGAACAAAGUAAAUGGCUCUCUCCUUUCCUAACCCUGCUGUAAUUAAUAUUAAAGCUUCCUUUACCCCCUCUAGUACACCUGGGCAGAGGGGCCAGCCUGGCUCCCGGUGCCGGUGGGGAGAGCUCCGCAUCCCCAACCCCGGGCGCAUCCACAUCCUCGCAUGCUCGCCUUGCAGCCAAGCCCGGGAGGAAACAAGCCCCAGCUGUGCCUCUUCACAGCUACUGUGACCGGGCUCUUCCCCCAGAAGGUCUCGGCCGAGCAGCGGGAGGGACCUGCCCCACCGUGCCGGAGCCGGGGCAGAACAAGCUGCACUUCAUGGCUUGGAGGUGCAGGGUGCAACCGGCUCCUCGCUCCCCACGCGGCGGCCCCGUCCCGCCACAGCACGACCUGUGAAAAGCCGGGAUAAGACAGGUCCCAUCCCGCGCUCCCGGGGCUGGUUCCGCACAGGGCUGUGUUUACAUGUCCCCGUGCCGGCCCACAUCUGUGUUUAUGUGUGUGUUUCCGUAUGGGUGCGUGUGGCUCCGUGUGUGUGGCGGGGUUUCUGGGUGUGUACGGGUGUCUCUUCGCGUCGGGCUCUCAGUUAACCUCUUAGAAAAUGAAAACAAGCCUGGAAGCCUGGCAGCUGUUCCCGAGCCCCGCUCCAGCGCCGCUUCCAGACAGACGGUAACCGCAGGUCUGAUGACCGAGCACACACACGCUUCCCUUCGGGCCUUCUUAA